AUGGGUGUCCGGCCAAUCGAUCCAACGGGGGACGAGCGCAUAGAGCACAAGACGGCGGUGCUGAAUGGACAUAUGUAUCAUUAUCUGUACGCGGUGCCUGUAUCUGGGCGGUGGCGGGGGACUGUAUUUCUGAUUCACGGCUGGCCGGAUCUUUCCAUGGGAUGGCGGUGUCAGAUUCCUCUGCUUGUGGAGUUUGGGUUUAGGGUUGUGGCGCCUGAUAUGAUGGGCUAUGGGGGAACGGAUGCUCCUAGGGUGCCUCCGAAUUCUAUUAGUCUGUAUGGGCUCAAGAGAGCGUCGGAUGAUAUCGCUGCGUUGGCGAGGGAGGUGGGAGCAAAGAGUAUUAUCCUCGGUGGUCAUGACUGGGGAGGUUUCGUUGUCUGGCGGGCAGCGAUGUGGUAUCCUGAGCUGGUAACUCACGUCUUCUCAGUGUGCACGCCCUACACCGCUCCUCAUAGCAAGUACAUCUCUACAGAAGAUCUUGUCAAGGGUCCACUGCCCCAGUUUGCCUACCAGCUGCAUCUUGCGUCUGGCGAGGUGGAGAAGAGUGUGACUGAUGAGCAGUCGAUCAAGCAAUUUCUCAGAGGCAUGUACGGAGCAAGAGGACCGAACGACGAAUUGGCAUUCGAUCCGGAAAAGGGCAUCAUUGCGGAAAAUCUGCCCAAGAUUGGGGAAAGUAGGAUUCUAAACGGCAAGGUCCUAGACUACUACGUCAAGGAGUACAGCAGACAUGGUAUCCACCCUACAUUGAACUGGUACCGCCAACGUCGGACCAAUUGGGAAGAAGAUCAAGCGCUGCUCGAUAAGAAGGUAAUCAAGCAGCCCGUCUUGUUCAUCCAGGCGACGUAUGAUUCGGUGCUCAAGCCAGAAAUGUCAAGGAACAUGGACGCGCUGAUUCCAAACUUGACGCGUGCUGAGGUGCCCGCGACACAUUGGGCGUUAACACAGAAGCCAGAAGAGGUCAACGAGAUUAUCCGCCAAUGGCUGGAGGGACAAGGAUUGGUGGAGAAUACGAAGAGUAGUCUGUAG